CCAGGAAACAUUUCGUUCAAAACGUUGCGCAUCGGUGUGAGCUUGAACGAGCCCCAGUUUUACGACAAACUCCUAUGUGAGCAUCUCGAGACAACCACUGUCACGGAACCAGGAAGAAGGAAGGUGGGAUACCCCCCAAAAGAUACCGUCUCAAAUCUGGAAAUAAUCUUUUAGGAAAUAAUGGGGCUCUUCAGGUGGAAAAUCGCAUCGGUUGUGUUGACGACUGUUUUGAGUGUAUUAUUGCCAGUUCGAGCGGAACACGAGCACAAGUACGAAGAUAACAAUGAGGUGCUUCUAUGGAUGAAUACUGUGGGCCCUUAUCACAACAGACAAGAGACUUAUAAAUACUUCUCUCUACCAUUUUGUGUCAGUUUGAGGAGAACUAUAGACCAUUAUCAUAAGACAUUAGGAGAUGCACUGCAGGGGAUAGACAUGGAGUUCAGCAGUCUGGACAUUCAAUUUAAAGAUGAGGUGUUGCAGGGAACAUAUUGUGAAAUUGACCUGGACAAAGCUAAAAAUGAUGCGUUUGUCUAUGCCAUCAAGAACCACUACUGGUACCAAAUGUAUAUAGAUGACCUUCCCAUCUGGGGAAUUGUUGGUGAAGCUGAUGAGAAUGGGGAUGACUAUUAUCUCUGGACUUACAAAAAGCUAGAAAUCGGAUACAAUGAGAAUAGGAUCGUGGAUGUUAACCUGACCAGCGAGGGGAAAGUCAAGCUUGUUCCAAACACAAGAAUUAGCAUGUCUUACUCUGUUAAAUGGAAAAAAUCUGAUGUGAAAUUUGAGGAUAGAUUUGACAAAUACCUUGAUCCAUCAUUCUUUCAACACAGAAUUCACUGGUUCUCAAUAUUCAACUCCUUUAUGAUGGUGAUUUUCCUGGUGGAUCUUGUUUCAAUGAUUCUGAUGAGGACAUUAAGGAAAGACUACGCCAGAUACAGCAAAGAAGAGAAAAUGGAUGACAUGGAUCGUGAUCUUGGAGAUGAAUAUGGAUUGAAGCAGGUUCAUGGUGAUGUCUUCAGGCCAUCCAGCCACCCACUGAUCUUCUCCUCCCUCAUCGGCUCUGGAUGUCAGAUCUUCUCUGCUUCUCUUAUAGUUAUUAUUUUGGGGAUGAUUGAGGACUUGUAUACGGACAAAAUAGGCUCCAUGCUUAAUACAGCCAUAUUUGUUUAUGCUGCUACAUCCCCAGUCAACGGCUACUUUGGCGGAAGUCUGUAUGCAAAACAAGGAGGCAGGAGAUGGAUAAAACAGAUGUUUAUUGGAGCUUUUCUGAUUCCUGCCAUGGUGUGUGGCACAGCAUUCUUCAUCAAUUUCAUUGCCAUCUAUUACCACUCAUCCAGAGCCAUCUCAUUCGGCACCAUGGUUGUAGUCUGCUGCAUCUGUUUCUUUGUAAUACUGCCACUAAACCUGGUGGGGACAAUCCUGGGAAGGAAGUUGUCUGGCCAGCCCAACUCUCCCUGCAGGGUAAACGCUGUACCCAGGCCCAUACCUGAAAAGAAAUGCAGGUUUAUGGAACCAGCUGUUAUUGUGUGUCUGGGUGGGAUCAUUCCAUUCGGAUUAAUAUUUAUUGAGAUGUACUUCAUUUUCGCAUCUUUCUGGGCUGAUAAGAUUUACUAUGUUUAUGGAUUCAUGAUGCUGGUACUGAUGUUCCUGUGCAUCGUGACGGUCUGGGUUACCAUCGUCUGUACAUCCUUUCUUCUCAACGCUGAAGACUACAGAUGGCAGUGGACAAGCUUUCUCUCUGGAGCAUCAACAGGGGUUUAUGUUUACAUGUACUCCUUCUACUACUAUUUCUUCAAAACAAAGAUGUAUGGAUUAUUUCAGACGUCAUUCUAUUUUGGCUACAUGGCUGUGUUCAGUACUGCUCUGGGUAUUAUGUGUGGAGCGGUUGGUUACAUGGGAACAAGUGCCUUUAUAAGGAGCGGAAGAACUGAGCUAAAAAACACCAGCAACCCCCUACUCAAGCACAUACUCACCCCUAUGGAUGUAACAGUAUUAUAAAUUUUGUGGUAUUCCGGUAUCAAAUUUUCCAGGUACCGCCGUGGUCACAUGAUUCAGUAAGUUUUUUUCCAGCCAAGUGGAGCGAGCGGAGGGACACGGGAACUACAAUUCCCAUAAUCCCAUGCGUGCCAAUCUGAUGCCUCUCUACAAGUGGAGCGAAAAAAAACCCCACUGCACUUUGUACAUUUUGACAUGUU